AUGGGUACAGGAGUUCCACUUUCUACUACAGCCAGCAGAACUUCACUGUCUCUGAAAGAACUUAUGCUUCUUCUGACUGCUAAGAAUCUGAAGCUCUUGAUCCAGCAUGCCAUCUGGUCUGGCAUGUGUGAUGCCUUCUUUUGCAUAUGGAAUCAGGCUGUGGACAGGCACUAUCUGACCAUCAGCUUCUAUAAUAUUGGCAAGAAGGUGGUCUCACUCUGGAGCUUCCUGUCACACCAGGAGUCAACACAUGUGCCCUGCAUGUUCAUCUGUCAUGUCCAGCAAAGAGUGAUGUCUGAGGCCUCAGACUCCAGCAACAUUCAAUACAGAUUGGUGGAGCUGGCACUCAGAAGUGAAGAUGAAGAUGCAUAUCAGCCAGAGCUCAGUAAGAGCAGUGAAGAUGAAGAUGAUGAGAAUACCAGUAAUCUGAAUGAACAUUCAGCAGGUGGUGCACUGGUUGCCAAUGCCCAGGCUUCUGAUUCAGAACAUGAAUAUCUACAGAAAGAGUCCUGGUGCAAGCAGUUCUAUCUGCUAUUGUUCCUGCAUGAUCUGGGGUCCAUGAUGCUAGAGCUGCACCAGUGCUCCCUACUUUGCUGCUGGAGUCUGCUCUACUGCCAGUUCUACAACACCAUCAAGAAGAUCUUUGUGGCCAGCAAGCAUUCCCUGUUUGCAAAUGAGAACCUGGACAUAUUGGCUCUGGAUCCUGGACUGGUAUGGAUCUGGCAGCAUAUUGGAAAGGCCAUCAGCCAUUCCUCUCUGGCCUUGCUGCACAUGUACAUCCACACCAAGUGA